GUGAAGGCGGUUACGAGAUCAGACGGCCAUUAGAAGCCGCCGAGUUGGGUUGUGUAGGUAUAGUUAGAGAAUCGUUUUACUCGUCUUGUCUUUUGGUUUAUACCUCUCUGUCGCCUUACCAUUUCGAGGAAAGUCGAUAGUGGGAACUCGAAAACAGAAGAGAAACCGACGGAAGUGGGUCAGGAAGUACAAACCUCGUUGGGGAACAGUGUUCGAUCAGAACUGUUGUUAGCCGGUGGUGCAUCCAGUUAUAAUUUGCCUUUAUAUUUUCACGUCAGUUUGAUCAUCGCUGACUUCUGAAGAGGCGGGAGUAGACAGCAGCUGUGACGUCAUCACGCAACCAUGGCCGAACUCGUGAGAGAUAUAAUACACGGAUAUAGAGACAUUAUGGAUAAUAAAAGUGAUCCUCGCGUAAACCACUGGUCCAUGAUGAGCAGUCCCUUCCCGACGCUGGCGAUUUGUCUGUCCUACGCGUACUUUUCCAAAGUCCUGGGCCCGCGGAUGAUGGAGAACAAGAAACCUCUGAACCUUCGUAACGUCCUAAUUAUCUACAACUUCUUGCAGACAGUCUUCAGUUCUUGGAUCUUCUACGAGUAUUUGGCCAGUGGCUGGGCAGGGCAUUACAGUUUUCGAUGCCAACCUGUUGACUAUUCCAAUAAUCCAAUGGCUUUGAGAAUGGCAAGGACAUGUUGGUGGUAUUACUUCUCCAAAUUCACAGAAUUUUUUGACACAGUGGCCACAGCACAUUCUUUGCACUGCUCAACACAUUUGUUCACAUCGUCAUGUACUUCUACUACAUGGUUUCUGCAAUGGGACCCAAAUACCAGAAAUAUAUUUGGUGGAAGAAGUACCUAACAACUUUCCAAAUGGUGCAGUUUGUGCUGAUAUUUGCACAUCAGUUCCAGAUACUCUUUUAUUCAGACUGUAAUUAUCCUAAAGCUUUUAUGAUUUGGAUUGGUCUCCAUGGAGUUCUCUUCCUUGUCUUGUUUUCGGACUUCUAUAAAGCAAGCUACGUCAAAAAUGACAGGUCAAGAAACAAAAAUUCUGGAGCUUGUAUGCCUCUAGUGGAAGAUAAGAAGACAGACAGCAAUGGUAAUGGUGUUGCAAAUCAUGAGCUGACAUCAGACUACAGCAGUGAAUAUUCUAAAGCAUAUUCCAACUGUUAUUCCAAUGGUGUGAACAAUGGCUACAUGGCUACUGCAGCUACAAAAAGCAACAAUAACAACAGUAAUUCUAAUCUCACACAUCGCACUUCGUUGAUGCUACAUAAAAAGAAAUAGCACGAUUUAUUUCAAAGGGGUUAGGUUAGAAAUGAACUCAUUUAGGUUAUGAAAAGGUUAUGCAAGCACAGGAUUUUCAUGGAGCAUCUUAGGAAAGGAAAUGAAUUUGCUAGGAGAGUAUCCAGAAAUCAGCAUCACAAAAACCUUAUCAAGGGGAAGAAACAGUGAUGUUUGUAAUAAGGAAAAGAAAAGUGUUGUGACUGGAACAGUUCUGAAUCUGCUGAUGUUUGUGACUAGGAACUUAUUGUUCCACAUUAACUACAGCCAUAAAGAAUUUUCAUCCAGUAGUAAUGCUGUUAAGAAAUGCAGUCUAUAAUGAUAAGCGAAAUGACAUAAAGUGUCAUUUCAUUCAUUUUUUCCAGCAUGUACAAUAUAAACCUGUUAUGCCUAAUAUACAGUAACUGCAUUUUCUAGGACUGUUAAGAGUAACUGUUACAGAAGAACUGUUCAAAACUGGACAAAUAUUCUGUCUUUCUAGAAAAUAUAGUUACAUGUUCAGUGAUGUGUGGGUGAAUGAAGCUUUGUGUCAACUGUAUUUUACUGCAUUUAAAGAGGAAGAUCUUUCAAAUACUAUAUGAAACAUUUCUUCCUAUGCUGGUACUUGAUGAACAGCAUCUCAGUGCAUAUUGUAUAAUAAACAUAAACCUUCAUUACCAUAUUCUUCUCAACGCUUCUGUCUUCGUCAGCAGUUCAUAAUAUUAUGGACUCUAUGAUAGUCCUGUUGAACAAUAUAUAUUGUGGUGCUGGUACAUUGUGGAAAGCAAGACAUUUGUUUUGCCAUAUGUAAUACAAUACCAGUUACAGAAGUGACCAAAAUAAAUUGUUACCAAAACUGAAACCUUAAAAGAACUGCUACAGGAGCAGUGUAUUUUCCUUUUUAAUAUUGUUGGGCCAUGGUACUGCCUAACUACAAAGAAACUCCCAUAAAAGUAUAUCUGUAAUAAGUUAUGUUGGAAGAAAGAACAGUGUGUGUGUGUGUGUGUUAUAACUGCUAAUUUUGCCUAAAGAUAACAAACUUAUUUUCUUUGUUACUGUGGCAUUAGCAGAGUAAUUAUUACCUCUUACCUUAAUAGGUGGAGUUCUGUGAGAAGAUGGCAGCCAUAUAACAUCAUUUUAUGCUGUGAAAGUAGUUCUGCAUUUAAAUAAAUUUAUAUGCUUUAUACUGUCUUAAGGAGUAUUUUAAUAUAUUUAUAGUGUUAAGCAUGAAAUCUUAAAUUUUAGUAUUUGUCCUGUACUAUAUACAGUACAGAUAUCAGAGUGAUCUGAUUUCUCCAGUAUCUUCACUACCUUGUGCUUCUAUUAUUUUGGAUUCAGUAUUUACAUCAAAAUGCUGUCAUAUUCAAAAGGCAUCCUAUAAUCCAUUUCUGACUACAGCAACAGAAUUUCAGACCUGCAAGUCACCAGGUAAAAAACUACUUUCUGAGCAUGCAUUGUUGCAAUAAAAUAUCAAAAUAUAAUCUGAAUGUGUUCAUCGCGUUAGAAAAUAAAUGUUGUGCUUAAACAUUUAAUUUCACCUACACCAGGAAGGAUGAUGUGUUAAGAGAAGUGAUGAUGAGUUGAGUAAAGGUAGUAUCAGACAAGUCAUUUUAAGAAAA